CUGGCCUGCCGAACCGUCACUAGCUGAGAAGAGAUUGGAUUGACAGACGUCGUCAUUUAUGAAAUGUCAAGCAUUUAUGAAACUUUUAUUUUCACUUAUUUGUAGAAAUAAUCAUAGAUUGGGAAUAUUGACAUUAAAUGUCGUUUCUUUAUUCUAGAGCAACACAGCUGUCCUUAUUCCUAUAAAUAUCAUUACAAAACGACAUUACUAGUCAAAAAAAUGGAGAAAUUAAAGUUCCAGUUUACAAUACAGGGAUCCGCAGAUGGAAAAACGAAUGAAAUAUGUAUAACAGCAAUUGAAACUCCAGAUGGACGUGUUUUUGAGCUCCCAGAAGAAUUCAAGCAGGUAAAUAAACAUACAUACCUAGCGAAAUCUAAUGUAUUUAUGAAAGUAAAAAAUUCUUUGAAAAAAAGAGGUCAAAAAAGAAAUUUAUGGGUACCAUUAGAUAUUGAAAUGAGAAAGAUAUAUUUAGAUGAUGGUGAGAAUUUACAAUUUGGGGAACAGUAUUUAGAUGAGAAAACACAAUCUGUAGUUGCUACUUAUGAAAAAGAAAUACCAUCAAUAAAAAAUUUAAGCAGAGUAACUGAAAGUUUUUUGAUUGAAACAUUUUCUAUAAAAAUACCGAAUGCUUGUCAGUGGAUGGAAGACUUUGAGAGAGAGUGCGAACGAUUUGAAAUCAUAGAUGAUGAACAGAAAAUAGAGUCAUUAAAAUACUUACUUGAAAAACAAUGUUUAGAUUGGUACAGUAGCAUGAUAAUUAAAUACACAGUACAAUCAGAUUGGAAAAUUUGGAAAACAAACUUUUGUGAUGCAUAUGAAAAGAAAGGUUGGUCUCAAAUCAAAUACGCAUUCACAUUCAAAUAUCAAAGUGGUUCUCUUAUAGAAUAUGCAACAAAAAAAGAAAGAUUAUUAUUGGAAGUAAAUAAAACAAUCGACAAUGACACAUUAAUAAACCUUAUUGUAUUAGGUUUGCCAGACGACAUAAUGAAUAAACUUGAUAAAUAUUCAUUGAUUUCAACUACUCAUCUAUUUAGUGAGUUGAACAAGAAUGAAUACUUGGUAAACAAGCAAGGUAAAAGACAGAAAGUAUUCUUAGAUUUUAAAGAAAAAGUUGAAGAAAAACAAUACAAAACCAGCCAAAGAUUAUACAAAGAACAAAAACACAUAUGCAGUAUUUGUGAAAAGCUUAAAAAAGGAACACGUUACCACUUAGAAUCAGCAUGUUGGUAUAAGGCAAAAGAUAAUCACAAUGACAAAGAUAGUCAAAUUCAACUUAUCAACAACUCAGAAAUAGAAUGUGAACUACAAAAUGAAAAUCAAAAAAACUGCUAGUGUUGCCAUUAAUAAAAGUAAAAUUAGUACUGAAUAGCAAUUUUGAGAUUUUUGGAAUAUAUGAUUCAGGUUCAAAUGUCUCAUUAAUAAAUUCAAAAUUGUUGAAAAUAAAUAAUGAAAGACUAAUUAAUCCUAGAGGUACUAAUUUAAAAACUAUUAAUGGCCUUAAAAAAACAAA